GCUAUUGGGUGGGAUAUGCAAAUGCGCCGGUGACGUCAUGCAGCGCCGGUCCAGACAGCAGAAAUAGGGCAGGAAUUCAGCAAAGCAGCAUUGGCACCUCUUCGCGCCUGGAUUGCGACCGAAGCGGCUCCUCCUCCGGCCCCCUUCGUCUGUUUUUGUUCCGUUCCAGCUCGCUUUUCUCCCUUCCCCUGCUGCCUAUCCCUUCCCUCUCCCGCUCGCGGCCAGCCUUUCGCGUAUCCUCCCGCUUCGCCCUUCCAAACGUUCCUGCAGACUUCAUCCCACCCCCACCCCAUCCACCUUUCCUGGAGAAGAUCUUGCGUGUUUCAAGAAAGCCCCCCAAACUCUGACGUCUCCUCUUCCAGUAGCUGUUGGCGCUGCUGCUGCGGCGCUCAGCAUCCCGAGGCUCCGUCUGCCGCGCUUGGAAGACCGCUACAGACAUACAGCAAUGAAAUCAAUAAGCUUCUGGUCAUUCCUCAUAUUACUUGAGGUUUUCCCAUCAACUGCUUGGGGAUGGAUGGAAUCCAAUGGGAGCAAGCAAUUUUAUUCUGAUACUGGGAGGCUAACACAUGAGGAAUUCAGAAGCUUUGAAGGCACAAGAAGAAAGGUGCUUUAUGGGCAAGAUGGCCUCCAUGCAUCAUGUGAAAAGAAGUACUGUGGCCGGGGAAGCAAGUGCGUUGUGAACAAGGAGACCGAUAAGCCCGAAUGUAGAUGCAUAGAUGACUGCAAGCCCAGUUAUAUGCCGGUGUGUGGAUCUGAUGGCAAAUUCUAUGAGAAUCACUGUGAACUUCAUCGAGCAUCCUGCUUGCAAAGGAAGAAAAUCUACAUUAUUCACAGCAAAGACUGCUUCUUCAAAGGUGACACGUGUACAAUGGCAGACUACCGUCAACUGAAGGGUAUCCUGCUGGACCUUCAAUCUCACCAGCAGAGGCAGCAAAAUCACCCAGGAGAUGAGAGAAUCCAGAAGCGCUUCUUAGUUGAAGAUAUGUUUAACCACUUGGAUAUAAAUGGUGAUGGGCACCUCAGCAGCUCUGAAUUGGCUCAGUUGAUGAAAAGGGACGACCUGGAAGAAGUUUUCUCAGAUUGUACACCAGAGGAUCUUCUCCGAUUUGAUGAUUACAACAACGAUGGUUCCUUAACUCUGCAAGAACUGUAUACUGCAUUCCAGGUGGUCCAACUCACACUUUCUGAAGAGCAGAAGGUCAGCGUUACCACAGUAACUGUUGGGCUGAGCACUGUAUUGAACUGUGCUAUCCAUGGACCUCUGCGGCCUCCAAUCAUCUGGAAACGCAACGGGGUUGUGUUGAACUUUUUAGAUCUGGAAGAUAUUAAUGAUUUUGGAGAAGAUGAUUCUCUCUACAUCACCAAGGUAACAACUAUUCACAUGGGCAAUUACACGUGUCAUGCCUAUGGCUAUGAAGAACUGUAUCAGACCCACAUUCUUCAGGUGAAUGUGCCACCAGUGAUUCGUGUGUAUCCUGAAACCCAGGCACAAGAACCCGGGGUAUCAGCCAGCCUCAAGUGUCAUGCUGAGGGGAUCCCAAAUCCCAAAAUCUCCUGGCUAAAGAACGGCAUUGGUAUCAUGCCCAAAUUGUCUAAGCAACUGAUGCUAUUAGCAAAUGGAAGCGAACUUCACAUCAGUAGUGUCCGAUAUGAAGACACAGGUGCCUAUACUUGCAUUGCUAAAAAUGAAGUGGGAGUAGAUGAAGAUAUUUCUUCUCUCUUCAUUGAAGAUUCAGCUAGAAAGACUCUUGCAAACAUACUGUGGCGAGAGGAAGGGCUCAGUGUGGGAAACAUGUUCUAUGUCUUUUCUGAUGAUGGAAUCACAAUAAUUCAGCCAACUGACUGUGAGAUCCAGAGACACAUCAAACCAAAUGAGAAAGUUUUCUCAAGUUAUGUAAAAAUCUGUCCUAGAGUUGAAGGUGAAGCCAUUCAGUCCUGCCUCUGGGCUUCCGCUGUCAAUGUCAGAGACAAAUAUAUUUAUGUAACACAGCCAAAGUGGAAUAGAAUAAUGAUCCUUGAUAUCCAGACUCAGAAAGUCAUUCAGACUUUGGACACUGACCCUCUACCUGUAAAAUUACAUUAUGAUAAGUCACAUGACCAAAUUUGGGUACUUAGCUGGGGCGAUAUGAAGAAGUCUCAUCCGGUUUUGCAGGUAAUACCAGAAGCAAGUACAGGAGACAACCAGCAUAUCAUUCGCACCCAUUUGAACGGGAUGGAUGAUUAUUUUAUUCCACAUACAAACCUCAUUAUCAAUCACAUCAGAUUUGGUUUCAUCUUUAACAAGUCUAAGUCUGUCGUUCACAAAAUUGAUCUGGAAACUGUGGCUCACAUCAAGACGAUCAGCUUCAAGAACUACAGCUGUUUGCCCCUAGCCAUGGCCUAUACACAUCUGGGUGGCUACUUCUUCGUCCAGUGCAAAACAAACAUGUCAGUACCAAUAACUCCACAGCUUAUAAUUGACAGUGUUACAGAUUCUGUUAUUGGCCCCAACAGCGACAUAUCAGGUACUCCCUACAUCUCCCCUGAUGGACGCUAUUUGGUCAGCGCAGAUGAACAGAGCGGGAGGAUCAGAGUCCAGGCAAUAACAAUCCAAGGGGAAAUCAAGUUGAUUUAUGACUUACAAACCACCAUGCACAUAUCCGAUCUGACAUUUCAGCCCUCUUUCACCGAAGGCAAUCAGUAUUAUAUAUACGCUACUUCACAUUUGCAAACAGAUGUGCUUUUUGUAGAGUUGUCAACAGGGAAAAUGGACGUAUUGAAGAAUUUAAAGGACCCUAUCAAAUCCAAAGACUGGCCCUGGAGUAACUACAACAGAAUUAUCCAAGACAGUGGAUUAUUUGGACAAUACCUUAUAACACCAGCAAAGGAGUCACUAUUUAUAAUUAAUGGGAGACAAAACACAUUACGCUGCGAGGUAUCGGGUAUCAAGAGAGGCAACACAGUGGUUUGGGUUGGAGACGUAUGAAAAGUCAAAAGGAACAGAACUGCCAUAAAACAAUGGACUGAUUGGACCUUUAACUGCAAAAAAUAUAUAUAUGCAGUAGCAUUGUAUAUUUUUACACUGAGGGAAAAACUGUAUAAGCUUCAUGGUGCAACACUGGCCUACUUGCAAGGUUUAUAAUAUAAGGUAUGCUCUGCUAAUAGGAAUUGGUUACGCUGGGAAUUUGUGUGGAAGUCGGACGUGACAGCUUGAGUUAUGGAACAUAUACUAGGAAAAGGAAUGAUUUCUCAAAACUGAGAUUGUAUAAGCCACAUUCCUUGGUGAUUCUGUACAACAACACUUUUGCGUUGAAAGGCUGAUGACUUCUUAAGUUCCAUCAGUAUUCAUUCUAUUGGUCCAACAUAACAUUGCCUGUAGUGUGUGCCGUGUGGCAUGAAGUCAGGCCUGUAGCUUAGACAUUUUCACAUGGAUGGGCACACUGGAGAACUUUAGGCGUUUAUGUACUUUGUUGAAAAUGCAAUCUCAGUCAAAAAGUCCUUUUUUAAGCUUUUUUUAAAAAUGAAAAUGUUAUUUAUAUAAUUGUUCAGUAUGACACAUAUUAUCAAGUCAGGAAAUUUAAAUAUUCAGACAGGUAAAGAAAAAUCCACUCACCUUUAAAA